GCUCGUGCGAUUCGACUCCCAGGCGCGAGCGAGGCUGAAGCGAGCAGCCAGAAAGUUUCGGAGCGGCUUGUUAAGUUGUUUAAAACGCAGGAGAACGGAGAAAUGUCGUUCCUGCGGCUCGGAAAAUGGAUUUAUCUGUCUCCUCAUGCUGAGCGGGGAGAGUUUAUCUGAUUUCCAAUGGGCGUUCAGGGCGUUCGCGGCGUUCCCUCAGCGCGGUGCUGCCAACAGACCUUCUCCGCAGGACGGAUGUUUACUUUGUAAUCAGAUGGUUUGGAUUACUUGGACGCUCACCUAGAUGUCGGCUGCAGCGGGUGAUCGCUAUUUACGUGCAGUGAAAUGAUGGAAACAACACGGAGGAACCCCGACGACGAGGAUGAGGCCAACUAUUCCUCUCCAGCUCCUCUCAGCGAGGAUGUUUUGGAGCAGAGCAAAUCUUCAGCUGCUCUGUUCCAGCUGGAGGAUGAGCCCUUCUCCUGGCCGGGGCCGAAAACUCUGCGUCUGCGCAGGACCUCCAUGGGUUUCGGCUUUACCCUGCGACACUUCAUCGUCUAUCCUCCAGAGUCUGCAGUGCAUUCUGUUAAGGAUGAAGACAAUGAUCACAGAGGGCGACCACGAAACAGACUGGAGCCCAUGGACACGAUCUUUGUGAAGCAGGUGAAGGAGGGAGGACCUGCACAUGGAGCUGGACUCUGCACAGGUGAUCGUAUAGUGAAGGUGAAUGGUGAGAGCAUCAUUGGGAAGACCUAUUCCCAGGUGAUUGCUCUGAUCCAGAACAGCGAAACAUUUUUAGAGCUGUGUGUAAUGCCAAAAGAUGAAGAUAUCCUACAACUGUUUUCACGGGAGAUCACUGCUGUGGCCUAUUCCCAGGAUGCCUACCUUAAAGGUCACGAUGCCUACAGUGGGAACGCUCGUCACAUUCCAGAGCCACCUCCCAUAUGUUACCCACGAGUAGACUGUAAACCCCUUGGGAUGACGGAGGCCUCCGAGGCAACACCUGCCCCAGGUGGGCCUCCACCUGAUUUGGGAUACCGUGUGGAAAUACCUGUCCCUCCAUCACCGCCACCACGAGUCUCGAAGCAGCAAUCAGCCAUCUGCGUGUGCAACGACAGCGUCCGGACUGUGGUGGUAUCUCCCGACAUCCACAUGGGCCACCUGGGUGCUUCAGUGAGGGGAGACUACAUGGGUCACGUGGGUCCAGACGCGAUGCUGAUGAGGACCAGACCUGGUACGGUGUCAGGAGGCCGUCCGCCGUACCUUCACGCUCGCACUGCUGACGUGUACCCUUCGGGUUACCAUGGAGAUUCUUACGCCAUUCCGCCUACUCACUAUUCUCCCUCCGCCUCGUCCGCCUCCAUCCCUCCGGGCUCCCACCAGAAAAUUGACUGGCGGACUUACCAGACUUACAGGGAGUACAUUGACAACAAAGGCCUUCAUGCUUACAGCCGGACUAUACAGGAGCGACUGGACAGCCUUAGAGCGGCUUCCCAAAGCUCCCAUGGCGCUGCCCAUUUUGCAGCAAUGCCCGCAUGGGGCAACAAGAUUCGACGGCGGAGCACAUCUCACGACCGGUCGUACCAAGGUCCCCCUGUGCUUCCACCACGUAGUGCCUCCCAGGACAGGAUGAGAGGUACCGAAAGAGCAUCACGGACAAGAGAUUGGCCUCCCCGUAGCGUUUCCUCAGACGGGCUCAUUCGCCAACCUCGUAUUGUUUCCUCGGACUAUGUCGAACACAGUGACGUUGUUGUUCCCAACAUGCCUUGGCAUGCAGAAUGGAGGGGAUACGGCAGAGCAGAGCAGGGUGGUACUCGUCCCAGUCGUCAGUCUCUUCCCCAAAGAGCAGUGCUCUAUUCACACCCAGCAGGUUAUGGGAACAGCGUCAGAGGUAGAUCGUCUGCUCCCCAUCAGCUGAGCUUGAGGACGGACAUUCCUCCCCCCCUCGCUUCCUCUGAGAGAAUAUCACGCAUUAGUAAAAACCAGGCCAAAGAGCCCCCGCAGUCCAAAGACCAAAGAGCCGCCUCCGCGGCGAGCAAUCACGUUUCCGUCCCCGCGUCCCUGUGCCAGCAGUCCAGGGCUCGAGCGGAGACGAUGCAGAGCCCUGAAUCGGGCAAGGAAACCUCCGUGGGCCAGCGGUCUGCGUCUUGCUCUGUUGCGCCCCCUGCGCAGAAAACGCACAACCGCGAUGUCAGGGGUCUACCUCCUGUUAACGGGCGCAGUCCAGUAGAGGGCGUAGUCCUGCGGGAGAAGCCACCCGCCGGGAAGAACGCAUCCCAGCCGCUUCGUCACCCGUCCUACAUCCUCGCUGUCAACGACACUGAUGGGGCGGAGCCAGCAGGAGGAGUCGUGUGCUGGCUACCCAAUGAUGCGCGCCGAGAAAUGCACAUGAGGCGACUGGGUGAGCAGCAGGAUUCCUUCUGCUCCAGCAACCUGGACGAAUCUCUCGACUCCAUCCCCUUCAUUGACGAGCCGGCCAGCCCCAGCGUGGAUCAUGACGGCAGCCACAUUCCUGCUUCAGCUGUGAUCUCAACAGUUCCGGCUGGAACUUCCGACACGUCAAGUCCAAAGACUCCGAGUCCACACAUGCGCCGGCAGCUUUCCCAUGACCAAGAAUCACUGAGAAACGCCAUCCUGGAACAGAGUGGAGCCAGAACCGAGCGCUCCAAAUCUUACGACGAGGGUUUAGACAAUUACAGAGAGGAGGGACGAGGGCGCUCCAGUAAACCAAGCCUGAGUGUCUUCAGGAAGGCUUUGGAUGGUUAUAAAUCUUCUGAUGACUCGAGCUCAAGGAGGGACUCAUCAGAUAUUUUCAGCGAUUCUUCCAAAGAGGGCUGGCUGCAUUUCAGACAGCUCAACACAGAAAAGAGCAAGCGCGUGGGCGGAGGCAUGCGGCCGUGGAAGCAGAUGUACGCUGUGCUGCGUGGCCACUCCCUUUACCUUUACAGGGACAAAAAGGAGGGCGUGGCUCACGCAAACUCUCAGCUGGAUGAAGAUCCGCAGCCGGUCAGCAUCAAGGCCUGCUUAAUUGACAUCUCGUACAGCGACACCAAGAGAAAGAACGUCCUGAGGCUGACCACGUCCGACUGUGAAUACCUGUUCCAGGCAGAGGGCAGAGACGACAUGCUGUCCUGGAUUAGAGUCAUUCAGGAGAACAGCAACCUGGAUGAAGAGAACGCAGCCGUGACGAGCACGGAUUUGAUCAACAGGAAGAUCAAAGAAUACAUUUCCAUGAGUGCUCCCCCCAGCAAAACAGAGCCUUCCCCCAAAGCCUCCCGGCAGUCAUUAAGCAUCAGACACACACUGCUGGGUGUCACAAGCAUCAAGGGCCAAAGUCCACACAGUCCGAGAAAUGAACAGGAGAGAAGCAGCAAAGAUGACUCCAGUCCACCCAGAGAUAAAGCUGCAUGGAAGAGGAUACCAGGGCUGAAGAAGAAGCCCCAGGAGAAGAAGCCCCCAGCAGGGGUGACUUUCGGAGUGAGGCUAGACAGCUGUCCUCCAGCUCAGAACAACGGAUUUGUGCCUUUAAUAGUGGAGGUGUGUUGUAAGUUAGUGGAGGAGAGGGGGCUGGAGUACACUGGGAUCUAUAGAGUUCCAGGGAACAAUGCUGCCAUCUCCAGCAUGCAGGAGGAACUGGACACAAAGGGCAUGACUGACAUCGACAUAGAAGAUGACAAAUGGCGAGAUCUUAACGUCAUCAGCAGCUUGCUCAAAUCGUUCUUCAGGAAACUUCCAGAGCCGCUGUUUACUAACGAAAAGUAUUCUGACUUCAUAGAAGCCAAUCGAACAGUAAACGGAGUGGAGCGGUUAAAAGUACUGAAACGACUGAUCCAUGAGCUGCCUGACCAUCAUUACGAAACCCUGAAGUUCCUCUCUGGACAUCUUAAGACUGUUUCUGAGCACUGUGAGAAGAAUAAGAUGGAGCCUCGUAACCUGGCUAUUGUAUUUGGACCAACCUUGGUCAGAACGUCUGAAGAUAACAUGACCCACAUGGUCACACAUAUGCCUGACCAGUACAAAAUUGUGGAGACAUUAAUUCAACAAUAUGACUGGUUCUUUAAAGAAGACGGAGAUGUGGAACCCAUAGCCCCUGUAGAGCAGGAGAGCACGGUGCAGUCGCAGCCCGUUCCCAACAUCGACCACCUGCUAAUGAACAUUGGGCGCACGGGGCAGUCCCCAGGGGAUGUGUCAGAUUCAGCCACCAGUGACUCUGCCAAAUCAAAGCAGGGCUCCUGGGGGUCUGGUAAGGACCAGUAUAGCAAAGAGCUGCUGCGCUCCUCCAUCUUUGCCAGUCGCAAGCGCAAAAAACCCAAGGACAAAACUCAGCUGAGCAGCUCCGACGACGACCUAGACGCUGUGUUCUCCAAUAAGGAGCUCCAGGAGGAGAGUGACCCGAACUGGCCCACCGACGACCAAACCGAGGAGGCUGAGAGCGAGGUCGGUGUCGGUGACCCACUUGAAAGUGCUGAGGAUGCUGAGGACCACGGCGAAGGACAGAACAGCACUGUAGCAGUUUCCAGCAACCAGCAGCUUCCUUCAGUGCUUAUACCCCUGCAGAACCACCCGCAGUCCAUCCAGAAAACGAGCGAAUUCCCCGGUCUGAGCUACCGCACGCAGAUGGCACGCCAGAACUCUCUAUCUGAUCCCCCGUCCAACUACGACGAAGGGUGCAUCUCAGACCUGGGAACGCUGAACAGCACCAGUUCCCAGGCCUCAGGACCCAGGAUGAGGAGGGGAAGGAUCCCGGGCAACUGGGCGGAGAACACUGGAGCGGCGGAGGUUUGCUCCAUCACCUCGGAUUACUCCACCACUUCCUCCAUGACUUUUCUAACUGGAGUAGAGUCCAGUGCCUUGAGCCCGGAGGUUCGCUCGGUGGCCGAGAGCCGAGGGGACGACGACGCCGACGACGAGAGGAGCGAACUGAUUAGCGAGGGAAGGCACAUGGAGACAGACAGCGAGAGCGACCUUUCCGUAUUCGCGACCGGCAGAGAUUGCAUUCCCGGAGAAGAGAUCUACCUUGCAGAAGGCAGAGCGACACCUAUGCAAGAGCCACCGAGCCUCAUCGCGUCUCAUCGCAUCAUAGCGUGCGAUACCCUCUCGCGCAAACGAGGGAGCCGGCAGAAAACAGACAGCGAGUCUUCGACUGACGGAGGUGGCGGUGGCCGCAGCGAGAUUGAGUCCGUCAGGCUGUCGAGGAUGCUGGAGCCGGUCAAAUCAAGCAAAUCAAGCGGCAGCCCGGUUCUGUCUCGCAGCGAGUCUGAAAGAGAGCGGUUAGAACCCGUUUGGCGACUCAGGAUCACAGACAGACUCAAGUGCCGGCUGCGGUCAUCCGCGGACGACAUGUUUGGGGUGGGAUCUCAACGCACCAGGUCGCCUGAGACUCGCAGCAAAAGAAAGACCAACAUCCGGCGGCGGCACACGAUGGGCGGCCAAAGAGACUUUGUGGAACUUUCGGUCAUCGGUGGCUGGCAGGGUAGCGAGGGCGCCGAACUCUCGGCGAUGGAUCGCUUAAAGCCUAAGUGCAGCUCCCAGGACUUUUCCAUCACGGACUGGAUCGUGCGAGAGCGCCAUCGCGCCAGCAACCCAGAGGUGAGCCUGGACACCCUGGACUUGAUCUGUGCUGCUGGACCCUCGCGCUCCUCCUCCAGUGCGCUGCAGAUGCUCAACGGAGACGCGGCGACGUCGUCUCAAAGCAAAAACCUUGACGCCCACCCCCACAAACUCUCCGGCACCCAAGUGGUCCGGUCCCGUUUCUAUCAGUACUUGUGACAAAGUGACGACGGCAGUCUGCGAGGGUGAAUGUUCGUGGAAACGUGUUUUAUAUAUAUAUAUAUAUAUAUGCAUAUGCACAUCUGUGGAAGAGCAGAUCAAAAAGCCUUCAUGAUGAUAAAACAUAAAAAAUUAAAUAUGCCUGACAGGUUUUGUUUGUUUGAGGUACUCGAGCGGCGUCUGCUAGACGGCUAAAAUGCUAAAAGAGAUGUCUGUAUGAUCGGAAGAAUUUUAAUGAGAGUGAUAUAUAUAUAUAUAUAUCCUCCUGAGACCCAGACUUUGACUUUUAAUUUCUCUUAAAUUUGUCAUUAAUAGGACCUAAUGACCUAAAAACAAAAUUUUAGCUUCUUACAGUAAGUUAAUAAACUAUUUUCAAACAUAAAAUGGGAUGAGAUUUUUAUCUGGCCCAUGUUUCUGUCAGGCCUGGCAGUAGAAACGUUUGACUGGGAUUCCUGUUUUAAUGAGUUUAAUGUCAUUGGACACUAGAUGGUACGGGUAGUGCUUUCAUAUACGGUCAAAGGUCAAGGGUUUAAGAAGUGCAGUAUCAUGGUGCAGAAAAGCUGAAAUGUUAUGUCCCCUUAUGAGGACGCAAGGUCUCAAGAGGAUAUAUAUGUCUGGAAAACAAACAAACGAACAGAAACUACAUAAAAUAGAACAGAAACGACGGUACUGACGCACUUCUCCGACAGACAGGCGAAGUGAAGUUCCCGCUCCCGUUUUCCCUCCUCUUCUGUUUGUUCCCUGUUCUUCCCUCCCUUUUUUAUAAAUUUUUACUCAUUGACCGAAGGUCUCUUAGUGAAGAGAAUCCUCUCUCGCUUCAGACCGGGUGAACCCCCAGUAUUGCUGGAAGACUGCAGGGCUACAGUUGCACUGGAUUCGGGGCGCGAGAGCCGUGGUGAGAGUCGCGGUGGGAACGCAUUAAAUGCGUAAAUAAAAAAAGAGCAUAAUUUCGAGCCAGAAUGGCGGCGAAUGUUCUCGGAAGUAGGUCAUAGGGUCGUAGUAGGAUUGAAUCGGAUGUCGAUGAGACGAGACGAGAGGUUUUUUAGUGUCUUUUUUUAAGUAUUGCUAGAAAUACUUUUUGUUGCAAGUGUAGAAAAGGAGGUCUUCUCAAUUGUGAACGAAUUAUCAAAUGAAUGAAUGAAUGAAAAUAUGAAAAAUUGAUUGGUCCUUCUGCAACCAAAAUGAAGAAUGUAUUUUAUCUGCUUGCUGUAAGACUUAUAAAAGAAAAGAAAAGAAGAAGAAGAAGCAGUGUGCUUUCGCGUCUUUUAUUUUAACUGUACAUAGAGCUCCUCAAUCCUCUCUUGUACUUGAAACGGUUUCCACCCUCCUGCUUGUUUUUACUUCUUUUUUUUUUCUCUGGGCCUGAUUUCGGACUGCUUCCUGUGCCGUAUCGUGGGAUUGUGUUCAUUUUUUCAUUUUUAAAACCAGUGAGAGUGCAUGGCAGAAGCCAGACGCUUUGCCGAAGCUCAUGACUGCAAAAAUGGAUCAAUUUUAAAAUCAGUUUCAACAUAAAACAAACAAACAUAAAAAAAGCUCUGGAUAAAAUAAAGAGAGCACUUGAGUAAAAUGAACAUUGUUCUUUUAUUCUUUAAAAUACAGACAACAUUUCUCCCAAAUUACAAAUAAAAAUAUUCUUAUUUAGAUUUAGAGCAUGUAUUUGCAGAAAAUGAGAAAUGGCUGAAAAGACAAAAUCUCAAAAUAAUGCAAAAAAUCAAUAUUUGGUGGAAUAACCCUGGCUAGUUUUUAAUCAGUUUUUUUCAUGCAUCUUGGCAUCAUGUUCUCCUCCACCAGUCUUACACACUGCUUUUGGAUAACUUUAUGCUGCUUUACUCCUGGUGUAAAAAUUCAAGCAGUUCAGUUUGGUGGUUUGAUGGUUUGUGAUCAUCCAUCUUCCUCUUGAUUAUAUUCCAGAGGUUUACAAUUUGAUAAAAUUAAAGAAAUCGUCAUUUUUAAAUGCUCUCUUGUUUUUUUUUUUUUUAUCCAGAGCUGUAUUUAUAGAGGAGGGAGAUUGUAGAGGAUUGAAUUAUUCAGUUCCAUGUAUUUAGAUAAAAGAAGGUUCUCAUGUGGAACAGUUCGGGCGCAGGUUUAUGAGUGCGCCAUAACUUUCUGUCGAACUCUAUAAGAAGUUCUGUGAUUAAGAAGAUUUUAAUCUCAGCUCGAGGACAAAACACACAAACCUACACAUCUCACGAGAAGCUUCCUUUCCUUCGGCAUUCCACUUUGGUCUUAACACGUUUUUUUUACGGUUUCAUUUUCAUUUUUGAAGUUGGUAUUUUAACCAGACUUGAAUUUUAAAUAUUCCUGUAAAAUAAUAACUUAAGUGUACAUAUCUAUUCCAUGUUUUAGCAUCUCCGUUCCCUCAUCUUCUUCUGAGUUAGUUUCUUUUUCUGUAAGUAUUGUACGAUACAGGAGUGUAGAUAGAGAGGGAAGCGAUUGGUUGGUUGAUUGGUUGGUUGGCCGGUGGGUGGGCGGGGUUUGGGGAGAGAACUGGACCAUGCUAAUCAUCAUCUCUAGGGGGCGCUGGUCCCUGCGUUUUGGGGAGAAAAUGCUUCCUUGACUGUUUGUAUCAUGCUGUGUCCACUCUGAAUGUGGAGGGACAUUCAAAACACUGGAAAAUAAAAUGCUUUAUGUCUGACUGAGAA